UGCGGCUGCUACUGCUGUGGCUAACCAAACAGCUCAUGCUUCUCUGAAGACGUACAGCAAGGCCUGCUGAGGCUCACGGAAGACAGCCCCAGAGUCUUAGAAAUUUUUCUUUUCAAUCAGCUGUCAUCCUUACUUUCCCUCAAGAUGACAAAUAGUUCGUUCUUCUGCCCAGUUUAUAAAGAUCUGGAGCCAUUCACAUAUUUUUUUUAUUUAGUUUUCCUUGUUGGAAUUAUCGGAAGUUGUUUUGCAACCUGGGCUUUUCUACAGAAGAAUACUAAUCACAGGUGUGUGAGCAUCUACUUAAUUAAUUUGCUUACAGCCGAUUUCCUGCUUACUCUGGCAUUACCGGUGAAAAUUGUUGUUGACUUGGGUGUCGCACCUUGGAAGCUGAAGAUAUUCCACUGCCAAGUAACAGCCUGCCUCAUCUAUAUCAAUAUGUACUUAUCAAUUAUCUUCUUGGCAUUUGUCAGCAUUGAUCGCUGUCUUCAGUUGAUACACAGCUGCAAGAUCUACCGAAUACAAGAACCUGGAUUUGCCAAAAUGGUAUCAACCGUUGUGUGGCUAAUGGUCCUUCUCAUAAUGGUGCCAAAUAUGAUGAUUCCCAUCAAAGACAUCAAGGAAAAGUCCAAUGUGGGUUGUAUGGAGUUUAAAAACGAAUUUGGAAGAAACUGGCAUUUGCUAACCAAUUUCAUAUGUGUAGCAAUAUUUUUAAAUUUUUCAGCCAUUAUUUUAAUAUCCAACUGCCUUGUAAUUCGACAGCUCUACAGAAACAGAGAUAAUGAAAAUUACCCAAAUGUGAAAAAGGCCCUCAUCAACAUACUUUUAGUGACCACAGGCUACAUCAUAUGCUUUGUUCCUUAUCAUAUUGUCCGCAUCCCAUAUACCCUCAGCCAGACAGAAGUCAUAACUGAUUGCUCAACCAGGAUUUCACUCUUCAAAGCCAAAGAGGCCACACUGCUUCUGGCUGUGUCAAAUCUGUGCUUUGAUCCUAUCCUGUACUAUCAUCUCUCAAAAGCAUUCCGUUUAAAGGUCACUGAGACUUUUGCCUCACCUAAAGGGACCAAGGCUCAGAAAGAAAAAUUAAGAUGUGAAAAUAAUGCAUAAAACAUAGGAAUUUUUUUGUGCUACCAAUUCUGGACUUACUGGAUCAUAAAUUUAUGGUUUUGAAAGAGAAAAAAAAAACUCAGUAUGAAAAAAUACAGGUAAUUAGCAAAUAUGUACUGGUUUACUUAGAAAUCCUGUUACCAAAUGCAAGUCAAGCUUGUACUGUUAUGCUUGUUGAUACUCAUUAACACAAAUAUCUGUACAAAAAACUAAAGAGUCUCAUUGAACCAAUAUAAAAUCCUGCAAUAUCCUUGAAAUCCAAUAGGUCCAUGAUAGAAACCCAAAGAUAUUCAUGAGUUAUUCAUUUAAAUGUCUAGAACUGACUUCUUGAUAAAAAUAUGAAAAAUCAUUUCCAUGUAAGUUACCAGAAAGCCCACCAGCAACAUAAUUUUAAAGACUUUCAGAUUACUUUUUUUGAAUGCAGCUUACAUAAAAAUACUU